UCAAAGCAGUAAUAUAACACAGUUGGUGCAGUUAUUGAACUUUCUCUUGCAGACAUAGCAUGGAAAAUAUUUACAAUCUCUGCUGCCCUCUGGGUUAUAAUUUUAACAUUUCUUACCAUUUCAUCAGUGUCUGCGUGUCCACAGAUGACACGAUUAUAUGAUCUGCGUAAUACAGAGCGCUCGUGAGCAAUAAUUGAACAGGAUAUUUUCUUCAGGGCAGUACGAUCUUGACGAUCCGUUGUCAUAUUUUACAAAGACACAAGAAACUCAGCAUUUGCACAAAACGUAAUGAAACGCAUCUGUGUAAUUCAGCACAUCUUCCAGUCUCCACCUCCCUGUGAUUGUCAGCUGAACUGCCCAUUGGCGGUAACGCUGAGGUAACAAGCCCUCUGAGCCCUCCAAUAUGUGCAGAGAUGGGCGGUAGCGCUUUUACGCAGACUCUCGAGUGUCUGAAGUUAAAACUCAUGCGCGCUAGUCUCGCUGAGUAUGUCGUGGGUCCGGACUGAUAGAUGCGUGGGAGCCACCGUGUAGACAUCCAGCGUACUCCCAACACUUUGGGGAUUUUUACGUCUUCGAGUCAAAAAGACCGGAGCUUUUUUCAACAUCACCUUGGCAGGGUGACUGUUUGGUUUGGAUCACAUCCGUUGCCAAGAUGUUCUACAGACUUCUUCUGUGCUUUUCAGUAACAGGUAUUGUUUUCGCGCAGCCUGAUAGCACUGGAUUAUUUUACGCACUGAGAUCUGAACUGUCAGAAGAUGCAAUCUUGGUGGCCAACAACGGAAUACGUGUGCCUUUCGGGAGAUCUGUCUUCAUCGAUCCCAUCAAUGAUUUGGUGAUUCAGACGCAGCCGGGAGACCGGUGCAGCAUCACCGUUCUGGAUAAUGACCCGCUCUCACAGAGACCGGGCCAUCUCUCUCCCAAAAAGUUUCCGUGUGAUUUCGGUCCCAAUGAUGUGACCUACUCUCACUACGGGUCGAGAAGUCCGGCUAAAGACAGAGUGAGGCUGCAGCUCAGGUAUGACGCGCAAACCGAAACCGUUAUUAUCCCGUUUAUGAUGGAGGUUGAAGUAGUUUUUACGCAGCUAGAGUUACUCACCAAAAACAUGCCUCUCACGGUCGAUAAUCUGAAAGGGAUCAGUAACCCAAUAGAUAAGAAGAUCUUAGAGUUUACUUAUGACAGAGACUCUCAUAAAUGCGAGGUGACAUCCCUGUCUAGCGGCAGCGCGUUGCCUAGGUAUGGAAGACUCAUUGAUGGAGGGAAACUUUCUAAAAUGAUGGACUGUGAUGAAUUCACACAAGCUGACAUCCGCUAUGAGCACACGUUUGAACGCAAGUCUCCCAACAGGGACUAUGUUCCCAUGGUUGUUGAGCUGCACGAUAAGGAAGGAAAUCUAGUGAAACAGGAGUAUUUCCAUCUUAUGAUUCGUAUCAAAGAGGGAGAAGAAAACACUCCUCCCAAACCCAGCUUUGUGUCCAUGAUGAUGAUGGAGAUCAGCCAGUUUGUCAUGACUGCCCUCACCCCUGAUAUGCUGGCUGCUGAGGAUGCAGAGUCAGAUCCAGAUGAGCUUAUUUUCAACAUCACCUCUCCCUUAUCUUACGAAGAAGGCUACAUAGUCAGCACUGAUGACAGAAAUCUCCCCAUCACGUCUUUCUACCAGAGAGACCUACGUGAUUUGAAAAUAGCUUACAAGCCCCCCUCCAUGGACUCAGACACUGAGAGAAUUUUCCAGCUUGAGUUUGAGGUGGUGGACACAGACGGGGCCGUCUCAGACCCCUUUGCUUUUAUGAUAGUUGUGAAGCCGAUGAAUUCUAUGGCCCCUGUGGUGACACGUAACACAGGUCAGCUUCUCUACGAGGGGCAGUCUCGGCCUCUCUUCAGUGUCCACAACUUGGAGAUCAGCGACGAAGACAACCUGGACGCCGUCACCGUUACAGUAGUUGAUGGGCUGCGCCACGGGAGCCUCAUGGUGCUGGGCUCGCACAGGAAAUUCUUCACACCUGCUGACCUUACAACGGGGGUUGUUGUGUACCAGCAUGAUGGCAGUGACACAUACAGCGACAACAUUGUCUUCAAGAUGUCGGAUGGAAUAAAUGAAGUAGAAUUCCUUUUUCCCAUUACAAUAGUUCCCACUGAUGAUGAGCCACCGAUUAUAAAUGCCAACACUGGCUUGGUGCUCUUCAAAAACCAAAUGAUGCCUAUAUCUCCUCUCAUGCUCAGCGCCGCUGAUAUUGACUCUGAGGACUCAACUAUUAAAUUCACCAUUGUCCCUCCCUUUUCCCCCAUUGGCACAGUGCUCCUAAGGCAGUCAGAUGCUCCAGAGGACCCCUCCUCUUGGAAGUUCAACGCUGAGGAUGAAGUGUAUGAGAAGGAGGUGACAGAGUGGCUUCAGAAAGAUAUCACUGACGGGAAGUUGUUUUACAAGCACACCGGCCCUCACAACACAGAUACCAUAAUGGAUCAGUUUGUGUUCACAGUUCAGGAUGACAAUGACCCCCCUAAUCAGUCAGGAGAGAAUGUAUUUGUAAUUCGUGUUUUACCCAUAGAUGAUGUGCCCCCUGAGCUGUUCCCUGGCACAACCCUUCAGAUGACCGUUCAGGAGUACAAGCUCACUCAAUUCUCUAAAGAAGUUCUGCGCUACACUGAUUUGGACUCUGAGGACCGUGACCUCAAGUACACAGUUAUCCAGCCUCCAACAGAUACAGAUGAAAAUAACCCAGUUGUGUUCGGUUCUUUAGUUCUGACAGACAGCCCAGACACAGAAGUCACUGAGUUCACACAAGCUCAAAUUAACCAUCAUAAGAUCUCCUACGGCCCCCCGGAUGUUGAGCUUGGAAUCACAGCCCACAUCGUGCAGUUUCGUUACACUGUUGAAGACGCGGCUGGGAACAGUGUAGAAGGGGCUUUCACUAUCUACCUCCAGCCCGUCAACAACAAACCCCCUCAGAUUACAAACACUGGCUUUACUGUGUUUGAACGCGGCAUGCACAUCAUCAGUAUUUCUGAACUAGACGCCACAGACCUUGACACAGAGAGUAAACAGAUUACCUUUACUCUAAGCCAGCCCCCUAAACAUGGCCAAGUUCAAGUUCUAUUCACUGACCUGGAGAAAAAAGGGGUUUUCAGACUUGAGGAUAUCGCUGAAGGGAAGAUAUCAUACAUUCAUGGCGGGGAAGAGACAUUAAGUGAUGAAUUUCAGCUGGAUGUCAGUGAUGGGAUUCAUGUCGUAACCGUGACGGUCAAAGUUAAUGUAAAGCCUGUCGAUGAUGAAACUCCAACCGUCAGCCUUCCUGCAGGAACAGUCGGCUCUCUUAUGGAUGUGCUGGAAAACGGAGCCACAGAAAUAACAACUAAUGUCAUUCAAGGCCACGAUGAUGACACAGAUGACCUCCAGCUGACCUUUAUUGUGGAAGAUCCUCCAACUAUGGGUGAAAUAUUGGUUAAAGGAGUGCCUGCCACUAGGUUUACACAGGCUGAUAUUAUUAAUGGUGUGGUUGUGUAUGCACACACCGGUGGUGAAAUAGGUCUCACUGCUCAGCAGGAUGGAUUCAAUUUGACGCUCACAGACAUGUCGGAUGAUUGGACUGUCGGUGGCAAUAAGGUCAACGGAGUGCACGUUCGAGUCACUAUCCUUCCUGUUGACAGCCAGGCCCCUGAGGUUGGAGUCGGGAUUCAAUUCAGUGUCAUUGAAGGAGAGAAAUACAGCAUCGGUCCUCAGCACUUGAACGCUGAUGAUAAUGAUACUCCAACGGAUGAUAUCCUUUGCACAAUCAUUGUCCAGCCCACUGCUGGCUAUGUAGAAAAUAUAUCACCUGCCCCUGGCUCAGAAAAGUCCAGAUCAGGAACAGCUAUCAGUGCUUUUACCAUCAGAGACAUCAGGGAGGGGAAUAUCUACUAUGUACAGAGCAUUCACAAAGGGGUAGAGCCAGUGGAGGACAGGUUCACAUUUAGAUGUUCUGAUGGCAUCAAUUUCUCAGAGAACAAUUUCUUCCCAAUUGUUAUCAUCCCAGCAAAUGAUGAAAAGCCAGAGAUUUAUUUGAGGGAGAUAGUUGUGAUGGAGGGGAUGAACAUCGUCAUUGACACUCCGAUUCUGAACGGGGCCGAUGUUGAUAUUCCACCUGAAGAGCUGAUGUUCAUCAUUUCCAAACCUCCCAAACAUGGUGCCAUUUUAAACCAGCUACCCACAGGCUCAGUUUUAGUGACUAAUUUCACAUUAGAGCAGAUUAGGGAGGCAUCAAGUAUUAUUUAUGAGCACGAUGACUCAGAGACAACAGAGGACAGCUUUGAUGUCACUCUGACUGAUGGAAAGUACUCUGUGCAAAAAACAGCCAUGGUUUUGAUCGUUGCUGUUGAUGACGAGACCCCCAGAAUGCUGAUCAACGAUGGUCUGGAGGUGGAAAUCGGCGAAACUAAAGAGAUCAACAACAAAGCGCUCAAAGCAACCGAUCUAGACUCAGAUGACAGUUCACUCACAUAUAUCAUCCGGUUUGGGCCUGGCCAGGGUCUCCUGCAGAGAAAACUCCCAUCCGGGUCUUUGGAGAACAUCACACUGGGAAUGAAUUUCACACAAGCCGAAGUGGAUGCAGGCCUUAUACUUUACACACACAAUGGUCAGGAAGGCAUCCGAGACUUGAUCAAAUUCGACGUCACAGACGGCACGAACCCAUUAAUUGAUCGUUAUUUUUACAUCACUAUUGGCAGCAUUGACACAGUGUUCCCUGAUGUGGUCAGUAAAGGUGUGUCUCUGAAAGAAGGUGGCAGAGUGACUUUGACCACAGAUCUUCUCAGCACCACUGACCUCAACAGCCCUGACGAGAACUUAGUUUUCACUGUCACACGGGCUCCUGUCAGAGGCCACUUGGAGUGUACAGAUACUCCUGGGAUUCCCAUCGUGUCUUUUACUCAACUCCAGCUGGCUGGCAGUAAGAUUUACUACAUCCACACCUCAGACGACGAGGUGAAAAUGGACAGUUUUGAGUUCGAAGUCACUGACGGCUACAAUCCUAUUUUCAGAACAUUCAGAGUCUCUAUUGUGGAUGUUGAUAAUAAGAAACCUGUUGUUACUGUAAAUAGUUUAGUUGUCGUUGAAGGGCAGAUUAAGCUGAUUACACCAUUUGAGCUCACUGCUGAGGACCAGGACACGGCUGAGGCGCUGCUGAAAUUCACCAUUACCCAGCUGCCUGUUCAUGGUAAACUCCUCUACAACUGGACCACACCCAUCACCAGCUUCACCAAACAAGACCUCAAUGAGAACCUCAUCAGCUACAAACACGACGGAACCGAAUCCUCAAAAGACUCUUUCUCUUUUACUGUCACUGACGGCACACACACUGACUUCUAUGUUUUCCCCGACACCGUGUUUGAGACUCGACGCCCUCAAACCAUGAAGAUCACCAUUGUGUCAAUCGACAAUGGCAUCCCCCAGAUUGUGGUGAAUAAAGGUGCCCCCACGUUGAAGAUCUUGGCUACAGGUCACCUGGGCUUCCCCAUCAGCUCCAAAGUGCUGAGGGCAGAGGACAGAGACAGCAACCCGGCCUUCCUGGUGUUCCACAUCACCACCCAGCCCCAACAUGGUUAUAUCAUUAACAUGGGGCAAGGAAACAACUCCAUCGACACAUUUAGCCAAGCUGAUAUCGAUGACCUGAACAUCUGCUACGUGCUACGGAAAGAAGAAAAUGCCACUUCUGAUCUCUUCCAUUUCUCCGUGGAGGAUAACGGUGGGAACAAGCUCAAGGGACAGCAGUUCCGACUGGACUGGGCCUGGAUCUCUCUGGAGAAAGAGUACUACGUGGUGGAUGAAGAGGACAAGUUCCUGGAGGUGGUGCUCAAGCGGAGAGGUUACCUGGGGGAGACGUCUUUCAUUGGGAUUGGCACCGAGGAUGGCAGUGCAAAGAAAGAGGAGGAUUUCAAGGGCAAGUCCCAGAGGCAAGUCCAGUUCAACCCGGGACAGACCACAGCCACCUGGCGUGUUCGGAUACUGACUGAUGGGAAGUACGAGCAAGCGGAGACCUUCCAGAUUUUGCUGUCAGAGCCGGUGAUGGGAGUGAUGGAGUUCCCCGCCACAGCAACAGUUGAGAUCCUGGAUCCAAACGAUGAGUCAACCGUGUUCUUCCCUGAACAGAUCCACUCAGUGGAGGAAGAUGUGGGAGACUUUUUCAUCCCGGUGCACCGCAGUGGAGACAUCAGCCAGGAGCUCAUGGUGGUCUGCUACACACAGCAGGGUUCUGCCACAGGGACGGUUCCCACUUCUGUCCUGUCUUACUCGGACUACAUCUCCCGUCCAGAAGAACACGGCAGCAUCCUUCGCUUUGACAAGGGCGAGAGGGAGAAGCGGUGUCGCGUAUUGAUCAUCGAUGACUCGCUGUAUGAGGAAGAAGAGAGCUUCAACGUCACCCUGUCACUGCCUGUCGGGGGGCGUCUGGGAAUGCACUACCCCACCACCAAAGUGAACAUCUUGGAAGACAUGGAUGAUGCGCCAGUGUUUUACUUUGGAGAGGUAGAGUACCAUGUGGAUGAGAGUGAUGGAUAUGUGGAGGUCAGAGUCUGGAGGACAGGAACUGAUCUGUCCAAGACUGGCACCAUCACCGUCCGCUCACGCAAAGCAGAGCCUGUCUCUGCAGAAGCUGGUAUUGACUACGUGGGCAUCAGUCGUAACCUGGACUUUGCCCCGGGUGUUAGCAUGCAGACUUUCAGGGUCACCAUUCUGGAUGACCUAGGACAGCCGGAGCUGGAGGGGACAGAGAGCUUUGAGCUCGUCCUGCGUAUGCCAGUCAACGGCAUCCUGGGAGAACCUGGGAAGGCGACAGUCUUCAUCAAUGACUCUGUGUCUGACUUACCAAAGGUCCAGUUCCGUGAGCCGAAGUACGCUGGAGAGGAGAGUGACGGUCAAAUCACAGCGACCGUGUACCGCAGUGGUGACAUCAGACACAAAUCCACUGUUCGCUGUUACACUCGUCAGGGCUCUGCAGAGGUCGCCUCUGACUUCGAUGAGCGAUCCAACACAGAUGCAUCCAUUGUCACUUUCUUACCAGGCGAGGCAGAGAAGCCAUGCAUUCUGUCACUGGUUGAUGACACGCUGUACGAGGAAGAAGAAGAGCUGCGGUUGGUCUUAGGGACCCCAAAGAGCGACUCACAGUUUGGCGCAUCAGUGGGAGCUGUGAAUGAGACCCUUGUGAAAAUCAAGGACACAGCUGACAAACCCAUCAUCCGAUUUUUGGAAACCAAGUUCAGUGUCAGUGAACCGAAGGAAGCCGGCACUGUGCAAGUUGUGAGGAUCCCUGUGGUAAGAGUGGGUGACACAUCAAAGGUUUCAGUGGUCCGCGUUCACACCAAAGACGGUUCAGCUAUCUCAGGAGAGGACUACAAUCCUGUGUCUCAAGACAUUGAGUUCAAACAGGGGGAUAAGGAGCAUGUGGUGGAGGUGGAGGUGCUGUUUGACGGAGUCAGAGAGAUGAGGGAAGCCUUUACUCUCCACCUGAAGCCUGAUGAAAACAUGGUGGCUGAAACUCAGGUAACUAAAGUGAUAGUGUACAUCGAGGAGACCAACAGCAUGGCUGACGUCACUUUUCCCUCGCUGCCACAUGUGGUGUCGCUGCUCCAUUACGACGAUGUCGCCAGGACGCCAGACAACCUCCACCCACCAGCUGGCUACCCCGUCAUCUGUGUCACGGCCUGCAACACAAAAUACCCAGACUAUGACAAGACGGGCUCUAUCUGUGUCAGCGAGCAUAUCAACAAUACCUUGACCCGCUACCGCUGGCUCAUCAGCGCCCCAGCUGGCCCCGAUGGCGUCACCAGCCCCAUGAGGGAGGUGGACUUUGACACCUUCUUUACGUCCUCCAAGAUGAUCACAUUGGACUCAGUCUACUUCCAGGCAGGCUCCAGGGUCCAGUGUGCUGCUAGGGCUGUUAAUUCAAAUGGGGAUGAGGGUUUAGAGCUCAGCAGCCCCAUUGUCACUAUCAGCAAGGAGGAAGGCAUGUGUCAACCACGUAAGAUGGGGACUGUUGGCGCCGAGCCCUUCUCCGCCAAGCUACGCUACACUGGAGCAGAAGACCCGAAACACCCCAACCUCAUCAAAGUGACUGUCACCAUGCCUCAUAUAGAUGGCAUGCUUCCGGUAAUCUCCACUCGCCCUCUCAUGAACUUUGAACUGACUCUCAGUCCUGACGGAACCCGGGUUGGAAACCACCGCUGCUCCAACUUGCUGGACUAUAAGGAGGUCACCACAGGUCACAGUUUCAUCACCGCUUCUACACGAAGCCCUGAAAGCAUGGGAGACGCGGCGCCCUAUCAGUUCAGUGGUUCGCUGCGGGGGAACAGCACAUUGCGCUUUUACAGGAACCUGAACCUGGAAGCCUGCCUCUGGGAGUUCAGCAGCUACUACCACAUGUCUGAGCUGCUCACUGACUGCGGAGGCACCAUAGGGACUGAUGGACAGGUGCUUAACUUGGUUCAGUCCUACGUGACCCUUCGUGUUCCCCUUUACGUGUCGUAUGUAUUCCACUCCCCCGUUGGAACUGGUGGCUGGCAGCACUUUGACCUGCAGUCAGAGCUCCGCCUCACAUUUGUGUAUGACACGGCCAUUCUCUGGAAGGAUGGCAUCGGCAGCCCCCCGCAGGCUGAGCUGCAGGGUGCUUUGUAUCCAACCAGCAUGCGUAUCAAUGACCAGGGACGAUUGGUGGUAAACUUCCGCACCAAGGCUCGUUUCAGGGGUUUGUUUGUGGAGUCUCAUAGUGGGGGCAGAAUAAAAAGAGCUGCAACCUCCAUGUCAUCCAUGGUGAUGAGUGUGGACCACCCAGGCCUGACCUUCAACCUCACCUUAGUGAGGAGUGAACCCACCUACAACCAGCCAGUUCAGCAGUGGACCUUCACCUCUGACUUUGCUGUAAGAGACUACUCUGGGACCUACACAGUGAAGCUGAUCCCCUGUACAACCGCCCAGAAUAUGGAAUACACUGUUCCACCUGUCUGCAGUCCCCGAGAACCAGUCACCUUCGAUCUAGACAUCAGAUUCCAGCAAGUGAGCGACCCAGUUGCUGUGGAGUUCAGUCUGAACACUCAGAUGUUCUUGUUGUCCAAAAAGAGCUUAUGGCUCUCUGAUGGCUCUAUGGGUUUUGGUCAGGAGAGUGACGUAGCCUUUUCUGAGGGUGAUACGAUUUACAGCCGUGUGAUGGUGGACCCCGUGCAGAACCUGGGAGACUCUUUCUUCUGUAGCAUAGAGAAAGUGUUCCUCUGCACUGGUGCUGACGGAUAUGUACCAAAGUACAACCCCACCAAGUUUGAAUUUGGCUGCCUGGCUGACUCCCCGUCGUUGCUCUAUAGAUUCAAGAUUCUUGACAAGGCUCAGCCAGAGACUCAGGCACGUGCGUUUGGUGACGUCAGUUUUAAUGCUGUGCUGGCAGUGGAUGAUCCAUCAGCCAUGUCCCUGGUCAGACAGCCAGGCUCUGAUGGUUUUAGGUUGGACUCUAAAGCCAUGUUCCAGGUUGCUGCAGGGCGCGAGUGGUACAUUCACACCAUUUACACGGUUCGCUCCAAAGAGAAUGCAAACAGAGGUAUUGGAAAGCGCAGCCUAGAGUACCACUCCUUCAUUUCCACAAGCAACGAGCUCGCCUUGACCCCAUCGACGGGCAAAGGUCAUCGCUCCAGGAGGUCGGCUGGCGAUGAAGUCCCAGUGGUUGCGGAGGAUAUCGGAGCAGAGAACAACCGUGGUACCAAUAUCAUGCACAUCGCUUUGGAUCGCACCAAACGUCGGGCGAUCGGGUCAAACGAGCUGUUUACUGAUGGGCUGGAACCUAGUGAGCUGAACGCAGAGGAAGAAGAGGAGGGUCUGGUGACUGUUGUGGGGGCACUGGUCGGGCUGCUGCUGACUGUCCUCAUUAUCGUCACCAUCAUACUGGUGCUGCGAUACAGACAGAAGGAUGGGAAGGAGGGAUGGAGGGAGGGGGUGCAGGAGGUAGUGAAAGGGUCUGUCAGCACAGAGCCCAUGUUGGUGGUGAGGAUGCAAGACUGCCACAACAGCUCAGAGGUUUGAGUAAUGGAUGCAUGGAUGGACAGAUGGACAAAGGGAUGAAGAUGUGGGGGCUUUUGUAACAUUUUGGAUUUUCUUUUUUUUUUUAAACUGGUAUUAGAUUGCUUUCUUAACACCAAAAAUCAGAGAUUGAUCAUAUGUGUUAUUGAGUGUGUGUGUGUGUGUGUGUGUGCGUGUGUGUGCUUGUUAUUGGGGGGAUUUCUACAGUAUGGGAUCCAUUAUGUACCUUUAUCACUGCAACAGAAAAAAGCACGGCAGUCCUAUACACUGUCAUCACUUAACAUUCCAACUCGUGCUGCUAGUAGCAUGGUAUUUCCUUCCACUCUUACUGGCUUUAUGGCGUUAAAGUGCCUGAAGCAGCUAUAUCCCUCCAGGACAGUCCCAGUCACGGAGAGCACUUUUCAUAAAGCUGGUGUCGCGCAGGCCAAGUCAGAGAUUUAGUGCUGCAGGUGUAUCUUGGGUAAAGGGGACUAGAUGAUGUCAGUGUUCAUAUUGGCAGGAAUAGUUCACCUCUAAAAGAACACUCAGAUGUUAUCGACCUGCCCCUGUGUCAGUCAAAACUUGAAGUUGCAGUUUGUGAGGUAAUUUUGUGUAUCUCUGAAAGUGUUUAUGGUAACAUCUUUUCUAUAGCUUGCAGAGAAUAAAACGAAGCUCUGCACACAUAUUGUUCAGUAUAUUCUGAGUACUUACUAUCUUAAUGAUAAUAUUAUGGAUGCAAAAGUCCAGCAUUUCCAUGGUAAUGACCUAAAACACCUGCUGUCCAUCCACUACUGUAAUAAUAUCAUUUAGCAAAACACUGGGGAUUGGCAGGUAAACACUGGACUUAUUUUAAAUGUUAAAAUCAUAGCCCAAGUGUCUCACCACUAAACAUUUAAGACCAUUCUGCAGUGCGUAAAUUAAUCAUUCUGAAAUGAAGUGUGCCUUUUGGCCUACAAUUUUGUUCUGAAAUACUUUCUGGGUAUUUACUCCUCCUGGAGUAAACAGUAUGUAAUAAAAAUAAUAAAAACACAAGAUGCUACCACUUGUUUUUCAUCUAUGAACUAAACCUGCAGAGCUCUCUUAUUGGACUGCUGAAACGAAUACCACUUGCUGUCAGCCUUCCUGUUUUUUUAACUAGCUAAUUGCUUUACUGUGUCUACGUUUCUUUAUUGUGUUCACCAUAUGAUGAGGAAUGUUUUCCUAGAUGUACUGAGCAUGUCUGUUGCCGCCGAGUUGGGUUUUUGCCACUUUUUUUUUCUCUAAUAUUGUUUGUACUUUUUGUAACUCAGUUAAUUACUUUGUCACAUGUUACUACAAUGUUUACUGCCAUCCGACCUCACAGUGAUGUUGCUCCGCUGUGUGUUUCUGUGAUGUUGCCAUUACGCAUUUUAUUCAACAGUAAGGCAAAAUGGUGCAUAAGUUUUUUUCACUUGUCACGUUAUGUAUUUAUAAAGAUGCUCAUCUCAGGAGUUAUUUCUUUUACAGAGAAUGUUAUAACACAAUUUACUACUGUUGACCGAAGAGAAUCUCUACAGAGCCACUUUUCACUUCUGCUGUGAACAUGCAAAUGCUGUAUCCAUACCCCUGUUCUUCACAUUAUGUUCCUGUAAGCUUUAUUUUUCACAAGUACUGUGUGGCAUUUCAGUGUUCUCAGUCAUGUUUUUGAACAAAGGAUGAAAACAAAAUAGCUGCUUAGAAAUCAGUAUGUCACCAUGAAAAAUGUUACAUUUGAGACAUUUGAUAUAAACUGCUCUCUCAUUAUUUUGCUGAUAUCACUGGUGAAAUUUCUUGUUUACAUGUGUUGUUAAACCUGUGUCUUACUCUGCUAUGGAUAUACAACAUGCUGAGAUCAGUGUUCCUAUAUAUGUGUCUUAUUAUGGUGUUGUCUGUCAUCAUUGUAUAAUUAUUUCCAAUAUUUAUCAGGGCUAGCUAAUGUGUUGAACAUGAGCCGGAAAUCAGCUGAGCUGUGACUCAGCGUGGGAUGUGAUGAUUUAUACAACUAAUAGCCUGCUGAAAACCCAGGCUGGGAUUGUUUUUUUUUUCCCCCUGACAAAUUUGGAAAUGACACCAUAUCUGACAUCAAAUGCACUUUUUGAGUCACAUCCCUCACAUGCGAAUCCAAGCUAUGCAAUGUAAUGUAUACCCCACAGCCAGUUUUCCACAUGUAUAUGACAAUUUUAGCACAAACAAUCAAACUUGAUAUUUAGUUUGUGUCUUUUUAUGAAUGGGUUUUUAUGUAUGUAUUUAAGAAUAAAUAUUGUUGC